AUGUCUGAAGAUUUUGCAGUUCCCGCAAAUUUAGCACCUAAUGAGAGCAGAACGACCAAAGCUCAUAAUGGUGUUCUUACCAAGGCUACAUUCGCUGUUAAGACUGGUUUCGCUCAAAAUUUAAAGAACGGUGUAAUUAUGGAUGUUAUCAAUGCUGAUCAAGCUAGAAUCGCAGAAGAGGCGGGCGCAGUCGCGGUUAUGGCGUUAGAACGAGUACCGGCUGAUAUUCGAAAAGAAGGUGGAGUAGCGCGUAUGUCUGAUCCGAAAUUAAUUAAGGAAAUUAUAAAUGCCGUUACCAUUCCAGUAAUGGCCAAAGUGCGAAUUGGUCAUUUUGUAGAAGCUCAGAUAUUAGAAGCUAUUGACAUAGAUUUUAUUGACGAAUCGGAGGUUCUCACACCAGCUGACGAGCAAAAUCAUAUAAAUAAGCAUAAUUUUAAAGCACCAUUUGUAUGCGGCGCAAAAAAUUUAGGCGAAGCACUUCGUAGAAUUUCCGAGGGAGCCGCUAUGAUUCGUACUAAAGGUGAAGCGGGUACAGGUAAUAUUGUAGAGGCAGUCCGUCACAUGAGAACCAUUAAUAGCGAGAUUAGGAGAGCAUCUUCCAUGAGUGAAGAAGAAUUGUAUAGUUAUUCAAAAGAACUACAGGCUCCUUAUCACUUAUUGAAAGAAACUGCCAAGUUGAAAAGACUUCCAGUUGUGAAUUUUUCCGCGGGUGGUGUUGCAACACCUGCUGAUGCUGCGUUAAUGAUGCAACUUGGUUGCGAUGGCGUAUUCGUUGGUUCUGGGAUAUUCAAAUCUGGUGAUCCAGCAAAACGAGCAAGAGCAAUUGUACAAGCUGUUACUCAUUAUAACGAUCCUAAAAUUCUGGCUAAUGUUUCUGAAGAUAUAGGUGAACCUAUG